AGAACCAGAUAAAACUAAGCUAAUAAAAGAUGAUAAAUAUGGAAUAUCUAAAGGUUUAUCUACUGUCAGAGAGGAGUCCAGCAUUGUUGUUGAUGGACAAUUAAAGGUUAAAAAGUCAUUGUCAAAAAGAAUGUGGGAAAAAGUUAAACAUGAAAUUCUUCAUUAUUAUCAUGGCUUCAGACUUUUGGGCUUAGAAAUAAAGGUGUCUUCAGGCCUUUUAUGGCAAGUUUUAAAUGGCCAUACAUUGACUAGGAGAGAAAGGAAACAAUUUUUAAGAACUGUUUCCGAUUUAUUUAGACUCAUACCCUUUUUGGUGUUCAUUAUAGUGCCCUUUAUGGAAUUUCUACUACCUGUUGCUAUCAAAUUAUUUCCCAAUAUGCUUCCAAGCACUUUUAACACAGAUCCUUCAGCAGAAAAACUUCAAAAGCAGUUAAAAGCACGUUUAGAAAUAGCCAAAUUUUUGCAGGAAACUAUCACAGAAACUGCUUUGCAGUACAAAGACGACAAAAAACAUCCCACCGAAAAUGUUAAUUCUUUCUUAGAAUUUAUGGAGAAGGUCAGGAAAGGUGACAAAUCGCCCACAAACGAUGAGAUCAUUAAAUUUUCUCGCCUCUUUGAAGAUGAAUUUACUUUAGACACGUUAAACAGAGAUCAAUUAGUCGCUAUGUGCAAAUUAUUACAGCUUAAGCCAAUUGGCAAUAACUAUUUACUUCGAUUUCAAUUAAACACUGCUCUUAGAUCCUUAAAGCAAGACGAUAUACUGAUCCGUAAUGAAGGUGGUGUGGAUAACUUAACCAUUUGGGAGCUUCAAGCCGCUUGCCGGGCUAGGGGCAUGAGAGCACUGGGGCUAUCGGAACAAAGGCUUAAACAGCAACUCACUAAUUGGCUUCAACUUCAUUUAGAUAGUGAUAUUCCGGCGUCCCUUUUGCUUUUGUCUCGAACUCUCAUGGGAAUAGAAGACACGCCAUCGACUCCCAGCGUCGAUAGAAUGGGGGAGCUAGUCGAUAUGCCAUUUAAAACGGAGAGCGUUGGAACUACUGGUAAGCUCAAACCUAUUAGUGUGGCCGAAGAAGAGGAUAGACAGUCGAAUAUGCUGAAAAAAACAUUGGCCAGUUUACCAAAGGCAGCGGAAGAACAAGCUAAUUUAAGGGCCGCGGAAAUAGAAGGAAUAAGGGUUGACCCUAAGACUUUGGCUGAAGUUAUCAAGAAAGAAGCCGCCGCUAUCAAAGAAGAAAAGGCCGAGAAGAUGAAGGAUAAAUUCAAAAAGGAAGAUGUCAUGGUGGAUAAGGCUCCGACACUAAAGGAUACCGCUAAAUUAUUCACUGAACCAAAAUUGAUUAGCGCUGAAGAUAAAUCAUCAAAAGAAGAUAUUACUCCCCAAGAAUUACAGGAUAUCGUUAAAGCGGUGGAAACUAUAAGCGAUAAACGCGAAAUUGAUAAGGACAUCAAACAGGCUAAAGAGAUCGUUAAAGAUAUCAAAGAAAAUUUGCAAGAAUAUAAGGAGGAUAUUGAAGAAGCUAAAACACUCGUGGAAGAAAUAAAAGGUGCUGAUGACUUGAAAGAAAGUAAAUCAGCUAUACGUCUUACCAAUAGUUUGAACAAGAUGCUGGGCAAAGCCGAUAAAAUAGUUGAAAAAUUGGAAAUUGAAAAGAAACAUAUCGAUACUAUCGAGGAAAAAAAUCAUAAAUUUUAUGCCACCGAAUUAAAAGAUGAUUUGAUGAUUUCAGAAAAGGACAAAGAUGAAAAAGCUAAAAUGAUCAGUAUACCCGAUCUAGUCAAUGCUAUCAAAAAAUCAAGACAAAUUCAUAUGGAUGAUUCAAGGCUCAAAAAUUUGGCCGCCAUGUUUGAUGAAGAUAAAGAUGGGAACGUUAACAUGGAACAUGUUUUAGAGGCGAUCGAGAUGAUAGCUCGAGAAGACGUUAACCUCGACAAGAAACAAAUUAUGGACAUAGUCAAAAUGCUUAAGAAAGAAGAUAAGUUGGAAGAACAACAAAAAGCUCCUGAUUCCGCGGCUCAGCCCAAAAAAAUCGAAUAAUUUUUGAAUUUGAAUAUUUUAUUUAUAUAAACCGCGAUAAUAUUUGUAUUAGUUGGCAAUAUGUGAAACGAGUUAUGAUCAUUUAAUUUUUGUUUAUAAAUAUACACUAUAUAUUAUUAUAUAAUAUAAUCGUUAUUAUUGAGUUUAAAUAUGCCAGACAUAUUGUGCGAUUUUAAUAUAAAAGGUAUAGUAUAUAUAUAUUCUUUUUAAAUU